GGGCUUCGAGGUCGCGCAGACGGCGCUCCGCGGAGCGCGGGCCGCUGUGCCAAGCCGCUGCCCGGGCGGCCGGAAGGAAGGCUCCGACCCGCGCUCCUUACCCUGCCGGCUGUGGAAACUCCGCAAGAGAGAACCGCCCUUCUGAGACCGCGAGCAGAGAAGAGAUUCGGGAGUGCUGCUGGCCUGCUCGCGGCUAGCUGCGCGAGUCCCUGCUGCUCCGCGUGGAGACCCGUGCCUGGAGUUGGAGGCCCCUUGAGAGUGGAGGUCUCCUGGCCGCCAGGGCCGAGCCUGCUGCGUGGUGUCUGGUCUGCGCGGCCGAGCGCAUUUAAAGAUUACCACUUUGAGUACACGGAGUGCGACAGCAGCGGCUCCAGGUGGAGGGUUGCCAUCCCCAACUCUGCCGUGGACUGCUCCGGCCUGCCUGACCCCGUGAGAGGAAAGGAGUGCACCUUCUCCUGCUCCUCCGGGGAGUACCUGGAGAUGCGGAACCAGGUGUGCAGCAAGUGCGCCGAGGGCUCCUACUCCCUGGGCAGCGGCAUCAAGUUUGACGAGUGGGACGAGCUGCCGGCGGGGUUCUCCAACGUGGCGACCUUCAUGGACACGGUGGUGGGGCCCUCGGACAGCAGGCCUGGCAGCUGCAGCAA